UAACCGCUUGCAAUGUACCUGGCCUUUUUUUUCGAGCCCGAUAUAUGGAUUAUUACGUAUAUGUAGCUAGGGUAAUGUUAAAUAUGGUCCGAGUAGAUGGAUGUAAAUAGGUAUAUAAUACCCGCUAAACAACCCUUUCCUGCCUGGACGAUCAAGGGGUUCGGUACCUACCUACGCAAUAAAUGCCCCGCAUCCAAGUUACAUAAGCUUGAUAUCUCCGAGGGGCAGGUAAAGGUUAUUUAAAUUCCAGUGGAAGGCCGAGACCUAAAGCUUUCCGUGCUCGGCGCCGAUUGUAUUUUUGGCCGAGCAAGGUUAAUUGAUUCAAAAAAGAAAAAAAAAAGAAAGCGAGGUUACUAAAAGCUUCCGCCGCGACAAUAUCACAAUCGGCAUUUUGUCAUCAGCUGCACAAUUGAAAAGCUGACGUCUCUAUUACACCUUCAACUUUUCCCAAGUCCCAUCAACCUGCGAUCCGACCCAGCGCAUCAAACAUGUCCAUCGCCUCAGCCCUGAAGGGCGACUUGCCGCAGCAAGCUCGAUCAUUGUACCGCCAGCUGUUACGCCAAGGCGAGCAGUUUGAAUCAUACAACUUCCGAGAGUACGCAAAGCGCCGGACGAGAGAUGCAUUCCGAGAGAACGCGGGCGUGCAAGACCUUAGAGAGAUACAGACUCUGAUACAGAAGGGUCUCAAAGAGUUGCAGAUGAUGAAGCGCCAAACAGUCAUCAGCAAAUUCUACCAGAUAGAUCGAUUAGUAGUUGAGGGUGGUAUAUCGGGCAAGCAGAGCGGAAAUUCCGGAGAUAUCUCGCGGCAGAAGGACACGGGAUGGGAUUAAUAUCACCCUUGGCGAUGCUUUAGACUACCUGCGAUAGGGUCAGCUCGUUCUGCUCGUCUUUACCAUACAAGGUACCGUACAAGGUACCAUACGAGGCGUGCCAAAAUCUGUACCAUUACAAAUUCAUUGUACAUCAAGCGCGCGGUUGAAUUAUAUACCUAGGUAGGCUUGCGGAUUCCAUUCUCCUGGUUCGCAGGAGUGUCAAGUUCCAUUAGAGUAGGGAGAAGAAUGGAAAAGGGAUCAUGUUAGAAUCCGGUAUGCAUGAGACGGGGAACGAAAGUACGGCCUAUAAGAAACGCAAUGUAUGGUACGAAGGGGGGGUAUCGAGGUCAUCUCUCAUCAUGAUAUCGAUGGUUAAUUCAAUUCAACUUACUUAGUAGUAUGAACCUGCGGGCUACAGCUCUAUAAUAUGAAGGCUGUUUUUUUUUUUAAGCAUGCUAGUAGAAGACUAACUAACCACUCAGAUAUUCGCCGCAAAGCGAUCAAUAUAUAUCCAGGUACCUACAUACUCAACAAAAAAAUUUAAAAAAAUAAAUAAUAAAAAUA